UUUCCACUCACUCUCCUCCUCUUUCUUCAAUUUUCUUCCCCAAUAUUCCUAACCCCUCUUGCGUAUUAAUUGAGAUGGUGUUGGUGACAGCGAUAGGGAUAGGGAUGGUGGUGGCUUGGUUGGUAGGGAAGAAUAAAUGCCGGGUAAGAGAAAGAGGCCCUACACCACAACACAAGACAUGGUGGUGAGAUAAGUGUUAUGCACAAUUCACAAACGCAGAUUGGUGUUUCAAUGUUUUCAUAGUUAAAAGGCUUAGAAAGUGUAGAGAGAGAAAGAGAAAGGUAGUCUCUCAUGCACGUGGUUCAGCCUUCAGUUGGUGGCAAUCUCUGAAUUUAUAUAUCACAGCCUAUUAAAAGAAGCUUAUUUAAUUCUCUCUCACUGUGUCACCUGCUUCCUUUCCAGCAAAGGUACAGCCACCAUUUCCAUCUUCAUUACUCUCUUCUCUUCCCCCAUUCCACCCUGCCCUCCAUUCCUUCUCUCUCCUCACCCCCAAAGCUCCCAUUUUUAUGCCACCCCACUAGACCCAAGCCAUUUAAAAACACCAAGCGCAUCAUGGGCAUUAAUGAAUCUUUGUUCUUGAUUCCCACACGGAGAACCCAGAAGGAAAAAGUAGGGAGAGGUUAAACGGUCUUCUUAAUGAGAAUGCUCCCAGUCGGUGAUGAUGGUGAUGUUUUGUUUCUCAUUGGACCAAUUUUUUCGAAACCUAAAACGUUGUAGCUGAGGAAACAUCACCUCAGAAUCGCACCCAGUUUGGUUGUGACAGCGAUGAUGCCAGAGGGGUGAUCACAUUGUUUCGAGCAUGAGAAGACACCGUGGAAUUCAUCUCUCUCAUGCUCUAUUGUGCGCCGUUUUCUGUUUUUUUGUGACAGCCUCAGCGGCAACUGAGAGGGAAAUUUUGCUUGAAUUCAAGGGAAACGUCACGGAUGAUCCACGCGCCAGCUUGAGUUCGUGGGUUUCAAGUGGAAACCCGUGCCAUGAUUACAAUGGUGUUUAUUGCAACUCUGAAGGGUUUGUGGAAAGAAUAGUGCUUUGGAACACUAGCUUGGGUGGGGUGUUGUCCUCGUCGCUUUCGGGCUUGAAGAGGUUGAGGAUAUUGACGCUGUUUGGGAACCGUUUCUCGGGUGGUAUUCCAGAAGAGUAUGGUGAUCUUCACUCGUUGUGGAAGAUCAAUUUGAGUUCCAAUGCUUUAUCUGGUUCGAUCCCUGAGUUCAUUGGUGAUUUGCCAAGCAUUCGGUUUUUGGAUUUAUCGAAGAAUGGCUUCACUGGGGAGAUACCUUCGGCUUUGUUUAGGUACUGCUACAAAAUCAAGUUUGUUUCUCUUUCUCAUAAUAAACUUGCUGGUUCAAUUCCUGCCUCCUUGGUGAAUUGCUCCAACCUUGAAGGGUUUGACUUUUCCUUCAACAACCUUAGUGGGGUUGUCCCUUCGCGGCUUUGUGACAUUUCCGGGUUGUCAUAUGUGUCGCUGAGAAGCAAUGCCUUUUCAGGGAGCGUGCAGGAUCUCGUUUCCUCAUGCCAAAGUUUGGAACAUUUGGAUUUUGGUAGUAAUAGGUUCACUGAUUUGGCUCCUUUCAGUGUCCUUGGAAUGCAAAAUCUUACCUAUCUCAACUUAUCGUAUAAUGGAUUUGGAGGACAUAUUCCUGAGAUCAGUUCUUGUAGUGGGAGGUUGGAAAUCUUUGAUGCUUCAGGGAAUUCUUUGGAUGGGGAGAUUCCUUCCAGCAUAACUAAAUGCAAGAAUCUAAAGCUCUUGGCGUUGGAGUUGAAUAGGCUUGAGGGGAAUAUCCCAGUGGAUAUUCAGGAAUUGCGGGGACUAAUAGUUAUCAAAUUGGGUAAUAAUUCCAUUGGUGGAGAGAUUCCUAAGGGCUUUGGCAAUGUUGAGCUGCUUGAAUUGUUGGAUUUGCACAAUCUAAACCUCACUGGCGAAAUUCCAGAUGAUAUAAGCAAUUGCCAGUUUCUUCUGGGGCUGGAUGUUUCUGGUAAUAACUUAGAAGGCGAGAUUCCUCAGACCCUUUACAACUUGAGAAACCUGGAAUCCCUUAACCUACACCAUAACCAGCUUAAUGGAAGCAUUCCCCCAAGCCUAGGAAACCUAUCAAAGAUCCAGUUCCUAGACCUGUCACAUAAUUCACUUUCUGGCUCAAUCCCUCCUUCCCUCGGAAAUUUAAAUAACUUGACACAUUUUGAUCUCUCGUUCAAUAAUCUCUCUGGUGUCAUUCCUGAUGCAAUACGCCGUUUUGGUGCAUCUGCAUUUUCCAAUAAUCCUUUUCUCUGUGGUGCUCCUUUAGACACCCCUUGCUUGGUAAAUGGAACUAUAUCACCUUCAUCUCCCGGGAAGCCUAAAGUUCUAAGUACCUCAGCAAUUAUUGCAAUUGUUGCUGCAGCUGUAAUUCUCACCGGGGUUUGUUUGGUGACCAUCAUGAAUAUGAGGGCGCGUGGUAGAAAAAAAGAUGAUGAUCAGAUUAUGAUUGUUGAGAGCACACCUCUUGGAUCAUCAGAAUCAAAUGUUAUAAUUGGAAAGCUGGUCCUCUUCAGCAAAAGUUUACCAUCAAAAUAUGAAGAUUGGGAGGCAGGUACCAAAGCAUUGCUUGACAAAGAGUCUUUGAUAGGUGGUGGAUCAAUCGGUACAGUCUACCGAACUGAUUUUGAAGGCGGCAUCUCAAUUGCAGUGAAGAAGCUCGAGACUCUGGGAAGGAUCAGAAACCAGGAGGAAUUUGAGCUCGAAAUUGGACGACUAGGCAACCUUCAACACCCUAAUCUAGUUGCUUUUCAAGGCUACUAUUGGUCAUCUUCAAUGCAGUUGAUCCUAUCAGAGUUUGUCCCAAAUGGAAAUCUCUACGAUAAUCUACAUGGGUUUGGCUAUCCCGGAACCAGCACUAGUAGAGGCAAUAGGGAAUUAUAUUGGUCUAGAAGGUUCCAGGUAGCACUGGGAACUGCAAGAGCCCUUUCAUAUCUCCACCACGAUUGUAGACCUCCAAUCCUUCAUCUCAACAUGAAAUCCUCUAACAUACUCCUAGAUGACAAGUAUGAAGCUAAGUUGUCUGACUAUGGAUUAGGAAAGUUGCUUCCCAUUUUGGAUAACUAUGGUCUGACCAAAUUCCACAAUGCUGUGGGAUAUGUUGCACCAGAGUUGGCUCAAGGGCUUAGGCAGAGUGAGAAGUGUGAUGUUUACAGUUUUGGAGUCAUUCUUUUGGAACUGGUUACUGGGAGGAAGCCUGUGGAAAGUCCAACCACAAAUGAGGUGGUGGUUUUGUGUGAAUAUGUAAGAGGCUUGUUGGAGACUGGCUCAGCUUCAAAUUGCUUUGACAGAAAUUUACUUGGCUUUGCUGAGAAUGAAUUGAUUCAGGUUAUGAGAUUGGGGCUAAUUUGUACUUCGGAGGAUCCUUUAAGGAGACCAAGCAUGGCUGAGGUUGUUCAGGUCCUUGAGUCCAUUAGAAAUGGAGUGGAAUCCCAUUAACUAGUUAGAGCUUUUCCAUGCAGCUCAGAAUUGAAGUGAUUGCUUAAUUUGUUAAAUUCUUCCUGGAACAGAGGUAUCACAUUUAGGCAUUCAAGAAUACAUGGAAGGAGAUUUGGAUCGGGAUCGAGUGUGUAUACAAGAGGGCAAGAGAUAAGGAUGUUAUUUAGGCAUUCAAAACGUAAAAAAGACGAAGGACAAAAAUUCUUUUGUAUUCAUUUUUAUAUUGCCAUUAUUUUUUUUUUCUUCAUAAAAUUUGUAACAUCUGCAAAUAAAAGGCAUUUGUUUAUUUCAUUACUUUGUGCC